AUGGCGUACAAUAUGCCUCCAGAAGUAGUCAUCAUUCGAGACGACUCUGAUGUAGAGCGAUCAACUGUUGUAGGUCCCUAUAGCGAGGGUGACAUUGUUACUUUGAAGUGCGAAGCAAUUGGAGGAAAACCAACCCCUAAAAUAAGCUGGUAUAGAGAUGAAAUAAUUAUUGACUCUCAGAUGAACUACGUUCCUGGACAACGAUACGUACAGAGCGAAAUAACAAUAGGGCCACUUAGUAGGUCAGAUCUUAAUUCCAGAAUAACAUGUAAAGCGAAUAAUCACCCACGUGCAACACCUGUAGAGUCCGUAGUACAAAUUGACAUGAACUUUUCGCCGUUAGAUAUAAGACUGUUGGGAGCUCACCAACCCCUAUCUGCAGGGCGUCGUUACGAUCUUUUGUGUCAGAGCUCUGGUUCUCGUCCUCCAGCAGUUAUAACAUGGUGGUUAGACGGAGUACGGCUGGAAAAAACAACAGAAACGACUUCAAGUGACGGAAAUCAGACAACAAGCACUUUGUCCAUAUCGUUUAGUAAAACAGAUGCCGGGAAAUUAUUAACAUGUAAAGCAUAUAACCAUGCUGUUCUCUCGGAACCACUGGAAGAUGGGUGGAAGCUUGAUAUUCAAUAUAUUCCCGAAUCAUAUGUUCGUUUGGGGACGUCUUUAGACAAAAAUUCUAUAAGAGAGGGAACCGACGUGUAUUUUGACUGCAUGGUGUUUUCACAUCCACCGGUUUUUCGAAUUGAGUGGAGGCAUAAUGGAAAUCCACUUCCAAGAAAUAUUUCCCAAGGUGUCAUCGUCAGCAAUCAUUCGUUGGUACUGCAAGGCGUGACCAGAUCCACAGCGGGAAAUUAUUCGUGUGUCGGUUUUAAUCCAGAAGGUGAGGGAAACAGCCCGCCGUUUCCCUUAAAUAUAUUAUAUGCUCCAACCUGUGUACCAAACCAGCCAAGAAUAUAUGGUGUGGCUAAACAAGAAGAUGCUAAAAUUAAAUGCUCUGUUGAUGCUAAUCCCCCAGAUGUCGACUUCAGUUGGACAUUUAAUAAUUCAGCUGAAAGUAUUGAUGUUGCAACUAAUCACAUCUCAAGACUAGGAACAUCUUCAACAGUGACAUACACUCCUAUCACUGAACUGGAUUAUGGAACACUAUUGUGUAUGGCAACAAAUAAAAUUGGAAAACAACGUAUUCCAUGUAUUUUUCACAUAAUUGCAGCAGGACGUCCUGAUCAAGUACAUAAUUGUACUCUAACAAAUAUAUCAAUGACAUCACUAACAGUAACCUGCACUGAUGGAUUCAACGGAGGUCUUCCUCAGCUAUUUAUCUUAGAAUUAGUUGAUACACAAAGUAAUGAAAUUAAAGCUAAUAUCACAUCAACAAUUCCACGAUUUACUGUUUCAACUUUAUCGCCUGGUGGUCUAUAUACUUUAUCAGUUUAUGCGUUUAAUUCGAAGGGCAGAUCUGAUCCAACUAUUCUUAGCGCUGCCAUGUUGAGAAUGCCUGAGAAACAACUGACUUUUGAACCAGGUGAUAAAUCCAGGUCUGAUCUUCUGGUAUCUCCUAUGAUUUCUCUGACUGUUGGAUUAACAUUGGUGGUUUUGGUGGCAGGAUUGGCAGUUAUUUUAGCACUUCGUGUUCCAUGUAAUAGUUCUAGACGGAGGCAAAAAGAAUUUCCCAAUGAACAGGAUUCCAGAAAUGGAUCGCCUGGACCAAGUGAAAAGAGUUCAGGUAGUAAGGAACUGGAAGGGAAUGAUGAUGAAAAAAACCCCGAUGUAGUACCCGAAUCCAUGGAUCCUGAUGAACAAAUUGAUUUCAUUAGACGUAAGCAACAAAUUUCUACAAUUGAGUCAAGCUGCAGUCCGACCAGAAAUCUUUUAUCAAAUACACCCCCACCUCAGCAAUACGCAUCAGGGAUGACCCUUCACUCAUCACACAAUAUGGGAUAUUGCACUCUGCGAAGUGGAUUACAGGCUUCUUCAGUUGGAGGAUCACUGUCAAUGAAUGUUACACCACAUGUGUAUUCGAGCUCAAUAGCACAGUGCACUCUUCCGCGACAUUCAAACCAGCACUUGUGGACAAAUUACAAUAAUAUAUUAACCGGUGUACGACAUAUGCAGCCAAUAACAUCGAUGCAUCAGCAGUCUCUGCCAACAACAUCUAAUAUGAAUCCAGUUCCAACGCAUUCAGAACCCCUUAAUUCAUCCACAACUGGAAAUGUGAUCCAAUCAGCUAAUAUGUCGUCAAUAAAUAGUAGGACCCACAAUUUGCAGCCAGGAAUUCAACAAAUCCAACGAGCUAGAGUUUGUGUUGGCAUGGGUAGCAAUGGCAUACAUACUAUGGAACCAGCGUGCAUGUCCGACGAAGAAGUAACAGCCAAAACUCCGCUUAUGAUGAAACGCGAAAGUACAGUAUGACUAUAGGAUUCUCACAGGGUUAGCGACACAGCCCUGUGACAUCAUGUUAGACUAGGCGUUGACACUAAUUGCGAAAUUGUACACACCGAACCACCAGAUUAUGUAUAAAUUAAAACAAUCUUCAGAUAAUUCUAUUAAAUAUAA